CUGCCUUUUGCCUUUUUUAUUUAUUUAGGUUGGAGCAGGAGUCAUUGGACUGGCUUUUUCAGUUCCUGAGUUGGUCAUCAACUGUGUCGACCUGAAAAACUCCAAGACUGAAGCCAGUGAGAGUCUGAGGAAGAAUGCUGGGGACAUAAAGAAAGCUUCUGACCAGAUGGAGGAGGAACUCAAAGAGAUUCAAAAGAUCUUCCGGAGGUUAGCCAAAAUAAAAUGCUGCAUUGAAACUAAGAACAAGAGUCGUGACGACAGGCAAACAUUGUUGGAGUUUGCAAAGGAAAGCUGCAAAGAUGAAGCUGUUCGACUUUGGCUCAGAGACAAUGCAGAAUCUGAGAUCUUCUCCAAACUGGUGGAGAUGUUUCAGUUCCUGAAGGAAAAGAUUGACGAGGAAGAGAAGAACAACCACAGCAAUGAAGUUGACAUCACCUUUGUGGCUCAUGGAGCGAUCAGAGACUCCAUGAUGCCAGCCAGCUGUCUGCUGCCUCUGCCCACCAUCUCUGACGUUGUACUGUAUUCUCCCUGGAACUGUUAUCUUGAAGCUAAUGCAGCGUAUGGAAUCGCCACAGGGAAACUUCAGCCUGUCCACAGAGUGUUUUACUGCUCACCUGGACGUGGCUGUAAGAGUCCAAAUGAAAAGCAUCAACCCGAGGAUCUACCCAAUGAGUGGAACUCCAUGAAGAAAGCUGGAAAUCAGAAGAUUCCUAACAUCGUUGUGUCUCCUUUAAGAAAACCUAAAGAUGGUGCAUGGGAGAGAAUUGAGUUCCUAGAAGACAAACAUGGUAAACCUGGAAGAAAUCGUAUCAUCAUCCCAUUUAUCCUCCCAUCCAUUGAUCCAGAAGAAGAUAUCCCUCUGCCUGUGGUCACCUUGGCUCUGUCACUGGUGCUCAUGUUCUCCAGGUUUCAGGUUGUACUCCACCUCACUAUCUGUCUGGGGAAACUAUCUAGAAGAAUGAAGCUGGAUGAAAAUACUCUGAAGCAGCAGUAUUCCUGCACCAUCGACUACACAGGAAUGACAUCAUCAGAGAAGAUGUUGGCCUCCACCUUCUCCUCCAUAAUAUCUGCAGUGAAAAGAUUUGUCUGGGGAGCUGAAAGCAAUGCUGAAGCUCAGGAGGGAGCACAUGAGAGGCUGUCCAAAGCUUUCAAAGCUAUGUUUGGUUAA